AGUUAGUGCGAAACUGAAAGCAAAUCAACACAAAGAACAAACCAAAAUCCAGAGUUUCUUCCAUUUGCAACUCAUUUCAUUUCAUUCCCAAACCUUCUUCUCCAUCCCUUAAUUCUUCCUCUCUCGGAAUUUUCAAUCACAGAUCUCCCCGGAAAUGGCUCCCACCUCAGCUCUGGCGAAGUAUAAGCUCGUCUUUCUCGGUGACCAGUCUGUUGGCAAAACCAGCAUCAUUACACGCUUCAUGUACGACAAAUUCGAUAAUACAUAUCAGGCUACCAUUGGUAUUGAUUUUCUCUCAAAAACCAUGUAUCUGGAAGAUCGUACCGUUCGACUGCAGUUGUGGGACACUGCUGGACAGGAAAGAUUCAGAAGUUUAAUACCAAGCUAUAUCAGGGACUCAUCUGUCGCUGUCAUCGUUUAUGAUGUUGCAAGCCGGCAAACUUUCCUAAACACUUCAAAGUGGAUUGAGGAGGUGCGCACUGAGAGAGGCAGUGAUGUCAUUAUAGUGCUUGUUGGGAACAAAACGGACCUUGUGGAGAAGAGGCAAGUCUCCAUAGAGGAAGGAGAAGCCAAAGCCCGUGAACUAAAUGUCAUGUUUAUCGAAACAAGUGCUAAAGCUGGAUUCAAUAUCAAGGCACUUUUCCGAAAAAUUGCUGCAGCAUUGCCGGGAAUGGAAACUCUGUCGUCAACAAAACAAGAAGACAUGGUCGAUGUUAACUUGAAGUCCACAGGAAGUGGUGCCGCACAAUCCCAGCCGCAGUCGAGCGGAUGCGCGUGCUAAUGAAGGACAAUACGAGGGGUUAUUGAAGGAAUCCAGUGUUUCUUGGUUUUUGCUUUGAACACCUCAACCUUCUUGAACUGUCAGCCCAUUCAGGUAACAAAGAUGAGGUUUUAUAUCUAUGAAUGCCUUCUUGAGCAGAACUAAAUUCGUAAAAAUGUAAUCGGUGGCAAAGAGUAGACUGAGUUGUUAUUUUAUUGAGUAAUUUGAUGUAUUGGUUGGUGGAGUCAUUGUUUGGGUUUUGGGAUUCAGGAGAUUGUAAAAAAUAGAAAAAAAAUUAUGUGUUGGACUCGAUUACAGAAUUUUGCUUUUAUCUUGUAAGUUGUAAUUCAUCUCUAGAAUAUUUUGUUUUUCCA